GCCACUCUUUACCCGGAAGUGGUUGCAGAGGAACAUGGCGUUGCUGGUGCGAGUCCUUAGGAACCGGAUUUCCCAGUGGGUUCCAGUAUGCAGCCGAUUGGUACCUGUGUCUUCUACACAGGCACAGUGGGGCAGGGCUCUGUCUGGUACUUUCCAGUGGCCCCAGAUAAGCCAGUCCCUAGUGUGUGGUGGAUCAGAACAGAUUCCUGGGAUAGAUGUACAGUGGAAUAGGAAGUAUCAUACCACAAAUAAGCUUUUUACUACCAAGGAUUCCCCACAGCCUGUUGAGGAGAAGGUUGGUGCCUUCACGAAGAUAAUAGAAGCCAUGGGAUUUACAGGACCUUUGAAAUACAGCAAAUGGAAGAUUAAGAUUGCGGCCCUGCGCAUGUAUACUAGCUGUGUGGAGAAAACUGACUUCGAGGAAUUCUUUCUAAGGUGUCAGAUGCCUGAUACAUUCAAUUCAUGGUUUCUUAUAACUCUGCUUCACGUCUGGAUGUGUCUAGUCCGAAUGAAACAGGAAGGCAGGAGUGGGAAAUAUAUGUGUCGGAUCAUAGUUCAUUUUAUGUGGGAGGAUGUUGAGCAGCGUGGCAGAGUCAUGGGGGUUAAUUCUUAUAUCCUGAAGAAGAACAUGAUCCUUAUGACAAACAAUUUCUAUGCAGCCAUCUUGGGAUAUGAUGAGGGGAUCCUUUCAGAUGACCAUGGGCUAGCUGCUGCACUCUGGAGAACCUUCUUCAACCAGAAAUGUGAAGAUCCUCGACAGCUUGAAUUAUUGGUGGAGUAUGUGAGGAAACAGAUGCAGUACCUGGACUCCAUGAAUGGUGAGGAUCUGCUUCUGACAGGGGAGGUGAGCUGGCGCCCUCUAGUGGAGAAGAAUCCUCAGAGUGUCCUGAAGCCCCAUUCCCCAACUUAUAACGAUGAGGGUCUUUGAUGGACUGGUCCUUCUGAACAGCUGGCCAGCUGACUUUGAAGAACUGCCAGAAGAGAGGUGCUUGUUUGGCCCAGAACCCUGCAGAAGGUGGCCUGAACUGAUCUUUGAACAGCAUCUGUCAAAUACCUGGCCCCAUUUGUAUUGAUUUUCCUUUUAGUAUGCCCAGGAGUCUGAUGUGGUGGGGUACAGUGCUGGGAGAACCCGUAGUUCUUCUGAGACAUCCUCUCCCUCACGAGAAGCCCUGAGCAAGAGCUACCCAGUACACUCCUCUGAUCCCCUCCAGUAACUAUGUGAUUGACAGCUUUUCCCAAAGGCUGCAGAGGGUUGGGGGUAAGUUAGAAAGGGGACACUUCCACCAAGGGCCCACCAUGGCCAAGGAGCAGUUUGGAAUGCUGCUGAGUCAAAACGGGUAACCACACUCUGUCCUCUGGUUUUGAGCCAUAGGGUUGAGUUGGCCAUUAAAAGACAGACAUAUCUCUGCCAUGGCUCUUUAUUCCAGGGUGUUUUUAGAAACUUAUCUGAGAUGGCAUUUGCUGUAAGCUGAGGAGCAUCACCCUGCUCAGACACAGGAUGGGGAGAGGGUCAGGAGGACCUCUGCUGCUGCUCUUGCCUCCAGUUCAUGGAGAUGUCACUGUUCUGGCCAAGGCAUAGCCUGCCAGGCUCCAUCCUCUGGGACCCAGGAGGCUUCUGAUAGCCAAGGGGCUUGUCAUAUCCUGAGUCGUUUGGAAAGAAGCCCCAAGAACAUAGGGCCCUUUGUCACUUUCCCAUUGAAUGGGGUGAGGGACAUGCUGUCUUUUCCUCUCUUGACUCCUUUAUGUGAGAUACUGGGGAGAAGAGGAAAAUAUUUUUUUCUGGCUUAGUUGUACCAUCCCAGGACCCAGCCCCAUGCCCAGCUUUCUAGCUCUUUCCUAACUUCUGGAGCAUGUGCUACAGAGCCACCUUGGUCUGUGCACUUGAGAGUCAGUCCCCUCCUCCCUGAGUAUGGGUCAUCUCUUGGGGGAUUUUCUUUGCACCGAAGGAAGGGGGCGGGGAACCAUCUUGCCCCUCCUUCCCCCAUCAAACUUCCUUCAUUUAACUUGCUAUAAAAUGAGUCAUAUAAAGAAAUUCUAUAUGGGUGAGGUAUAUCCCACUUCUGUGAAAACAUUACAAAUCAGACCGCCUUCUCUGAGUUUAUUUAAGAUGCUUUUGUUGCGAGCGGAGUUCUAGAGUGAAGCCUCCUCUGUGUGUGUGAGAUAAUAACACCUUGUAACUCAUUACAGCUGGGCACUAUUUACAUAAACCAGAGCUGAGCCAGGCAGGAAUUUGCUGAUUAAUUUAUUUUUAAUGGAGUGAAGUAUACCAUGCACCAAAAUAAACUUUACUGUGUGUACCUAA